AUGACCCCUCUUCCUGUGACAAUUCCUUUUCCACAAAAAAUGAAAAGAGAAAAGCUUGAUAGUCAAUUUGCAAAAAUUUUGGAGAUUUUAAAACAGAUCCACAUCAAUAUUCCUUUCACUGAUGCUUUAUUACAAAUGCCUACAUAUGCCAAAUUCUUAAAAGAAAUUUUGUCAAACAAAAGAAAAUUAGAAGAAGUUUCUGUGGUAAUGCUUACUGAAAAAUGUAGUGCGAUACUUCAAAAUAAGCUACCUCAAAAGCUCGGUGACCCAAGUAGUUUUACAAUUCCAUGCACUUUGGGGGGAGUAUAUUUUGACAAGACACUUUGUGAUUCUGGAGCUUCAAUAAAUUUGAUGCCAUUUUCUAUCUUUAGAAAAUUAAAUCUUGGUGAAAUAAAAGACACAAGUGUGUUGCUUCAAUUUGCAGAUCAAAGUACUAAGAAACCUAAGGGAAUAAUUGAAAAUGUGCUUGUAAGAGUAGAUAACUUUGUCUUCCUUGUAGAUUUCAUAGUACUUGAAAUGGAGGAAUGUCCUGAUGAACCAAUAAUACUGGGUAGACCAUUUCUUGCAACUAGUAGGGCAAUCAUAGAUGUCUAUCAAGGACAGUUAAUUUUAAGAGUUGAUGAAGAAAGAGUCAUUUUUGAUAUGCAAAAGAUAUUAAGAUAUUCAGAAGAUGAAACAUCAUCUUCGUGUUUUUCGAUUGACAUGAUUAGUGAUCUUGCAGAUGAAUUCAACAAUGAUCAAUUAAUUUCUGACUCAAUGGAAAGAUGCUUGGUCACAUCAGGCACCGCACAGGAUGAUGAUCUCACCAUAAAAAAGGAAGAUGAAUUAUUGGAAAAAGCUUCUGAAGAUGAUAAAGAAGAAAUUCAACCAAAGAUUGAACUUAAAACUCUCCCGUCUCAUUUAAAAUAUGUUUAUCUUGAGCAAGAAUUAUUUCCAGUAAUUAUUUCAUCUUCUUUGACUGUAGAACAAGAAAACAGUUAG